GGAAUGGAAGGAAUUGGAUGUCUCUUGACGGGAGCUUUUGGUAGUGGAAAUGGUACAACCUCGUACAGUGAGAACAUUGGAGCCAUUGGAAUUACAAAGGUUGGAAGUCUUCGUGUUAUCCAGUUUGGAGCUCUUGUAAUGAUGGUUCUUGGUGUUCUUGGUAAAAUUGGCGCGUUAUUCGUCAGCAUUCCAGAUCCCAUUGUUGGUGGAGUUUUUAUGGUCAUGUUUGGAAUGAUUGCUGCAGUUGGCAUCUCGAAUCUGCAGUUCGCUGACAUGAAUUCCUCCAGAAACUUGUUCAUCGUUGGAUUUUCCAUUGUGUUUGGAUUAGCUCUGCCACAUUACAUGAAGACUCACCCGAACGCGAUUGACACAGGAGUUUCAGAAAUCGACCAGAUACUGACGGUCCUGUUCUCAACAAGCAUGGCAGUGGGUUGUAUCGUUGCAUUGAUUCUGGACAACACCAUUCCUGGUACCAUUNACACAUCUGAGCCUGCUGUCCAACCAUUACCCCAAAAGAAAACAAGACUUCUUGGCUUGUCUUACCUUAUCGAUGAGAACCCACCAUGGUACAUCUGCUUACUGUUGGGUUUCCAGGUAAUUCUAGCAAUCGCAGUAUCGUGGAUAACCUGCGCAAUCAUCACCACAGCGGGAGGCUUUCCUUCUGAUCCCAGCAUUCCUCAGUACCUGGCGAGAACUGACGCCAGGGCUGAAGUGUUAAAAGAAGCCAAAUGGUUCAAAUUUUCGUAUCCAGUUUAG